AGACGUUCACAUCCCGGAAGAACAGCGUGUUGCCAUGUCGAGGUGAACUCGAGCAGUUCAGUAUUCUCAGGAAUAACUAUGGCAGGCCCUGAGGGAAGGCAGGAGGGCGGGGCGUCCGGAGCAGACCCCCGGACCCCGGUCCUCCGCAUCAGCCAGCUGGACGCCUUUGAGCUGGACUCGGCCCUGGAGCAGCUGCUGUGGUCCCAGUUCUCCCAGUGCUUCCAGAACCUGGGCCCCGGCCUGCUCACCCCGCUGGAGGCAGAGCUGAAGGUCCUGCUGCAGAUGCUGGUGUGGAGGUUCUCCGUGUACCCAGGCAGCUUCACGGUGGGCCAGGCUCUACUGGGCCUGCGCUUCCAUAACGCCCUGUCCCACGCCCCCCGCUACCGCUCCCUCACCUUCAGGCAGCGUGUGGGCCUGCUGCUGCUGGGGGCGGGGCCUCGCUGGCUGAGGGAGCGCUCCCACAGCCUGCUGCGCUCCCUGGGGGCCGACCCGGGCCAGGGCGGGGCUCGGUCUGAGGGGCUCCGCAAAGGCCUGGGCCUUCUCUCAGGACUCGUCCAGACGGCUAACCUCGUCAACUUCCUGGUGUUCCUGAGGAAGGGGCGGCACCCGUCGCUCUCAGAGAGGAUUCUGGGAGUGCGGGCGGUGUUCAGCAGGCCUCCGGGGGCGCGCAACGUGGCGUUCCAGUACGUGAACCGGGAGCUGCUGUGGCACGGCUUCGCAGAGUUCCUCAUCUUCCUCCUGCCGCUGGUCGACAUGCGGCGCGCCAAGGCGGCGCUGCGCUACUUCCUGUCUGGCCCGGCGGAGGAGGGGGAGGGGGCGGGGGCAGGAGGGGGGCAGGAGUGUGGGUUCUGUGGUGAGUGGCCUACCAUGCCUCACACCAUUGGCUGCCCUCACGUGUUCUGCUACUACUGCGUCAAGAGUCACGCCAUCGCCGACGGUUACCUGACGUGCCCCCAGUGCGGCCAGGAAGCAGCGGGGGCGGAGCCACUCCAGCUGCAGAUCGAGAUGACGGAGAUUCACGCAAGAUGAAGACCGUUCUUACCUGGCGAGUUAAAGACCGUCUUACCUGGCUAGUUAACGACCGUCUUACCUGGCUAGUUAACGACCGUCUUACCUGGCUAGUUAACGACCGUCUUACCUGGAUAGUUAGAGAGCCGGCUGUACGAACAUGGAGAGAGAGAGAGCCGGCUGUGCUGUGUGAACAUGGAGAGAGAGAGAGCCGGCUGCCUCACACACAGUGGACUUGACAUCGUUGUUUUUAGGUUGUGUGUGUGACUAGGGGCACACAGGGACGACAGCAGAGAAUGAGUGAGAUUCAGUCAACACGAUGUUGGUCGAAUGAACUGGACAUGAUUAAUGUAUGUGUGCAUAUAUUGACAGUCCUCUGCUCUCUCCACUUCUGCUAGACUUUGGCCUGAACUAUUUGUCCUUGGUGCACUGGAGUGAUUGCGAAGACACACAGAGAGAAUAUUUGACAAACAAAUGUGUUGAUUUAGGGCCAAAUUGGUAGCGUGUGUGUGUUGAAAUGGGAAUAUUUGUCCUGAUGAAAAAUGCAGAAACUUGACAGAAUAAAUAAUGGGUGAAUAUCUGAUGUCUCUCAUCACCCGCGAAUUAGCAUUUGUUUGUAUUUGUGCCUAAAUUCUAUUUCGACAUCAUUAAAAUUGAUGGAAUAUCA